UGUCAAGUGGACUGUGUAUCAUACUUGGUUAUUUGUGUAAGCAUUCAAACUGUACCUCACAACAGUUGCUGUCAGGUGGACUGUGUAUCAUACUUGGUUAUUUGUGUAAGCAUUCAAACUGUACCUCACAACAGUUGCUGUCAUAUAGACUACGUAUCAUACUUGGUUAUUUGUGUAAGCAUUCAAACUGUACCUCACAACAGUUGCUGUCAAGUGGACUGUGUAUCAUACUUGGUUAUUUGUGUAAGCAUUCAAACUGUACCUCACAACAGUUGCUGUCAGGUGGACUGUGUAUCAUACUUGGUUAUUUGUGUAAGCAUUCAAACUGUACCCCACAACAGUUGAUGUCAGGUGGACUGUGUAUCAUACUUGGUUAUUUGUGUAAGCAUUCAAACUGUACCCCACAACAGUUGCUGUCAAGUAGACUGUGUAUCACACUUGGUUAUUUGUGUAGGCAUUCAAACUGUACCCCACAACAGUUGAUGUCAGGUGGACUGUGUAUCAUACUUGGUUAUUUGUGUAAGCAUUCAAACUGUACCUCACAACAGUUGCUGUCAAGUAGACUGUGUAUCACACUUGGUUAUUUGUGUAGGCAUUCAAACUGUACCCCACAACAGUUGAUGUCAGGUGGACUGUGUAUCAUACUUGGUUAUUUGUGUAAUCAGACAAACUGUACCUCACAACAGUUGCUGUCAGGUGGACUGUGUAUCACACUUGGUUAUUUGUGUAGGCAUUCAAACUGUACCUCACAACAGUUGCUGUCAAGUAGACUGUGUAUCACACUUGGUUAUUUGUGUAGGCAUUCAAUCUGUACCCCACAACAGUUGAUGUCAGGUGGACUGUGUAUCAUACUUGGUUAUUUGUGUAAGCAUUCAAACUAUACCCCACAACAGUUGCUGUCAGGUGGACUGUGUAUCACACUUGGUUAUUUUUGUAGGCAUUCAAACUAUACCCCACAACAGUUGAUGUCAGGUGGACUGUGAAUCAUACUUGGUUAUUUGUGUAAGCAUUCAAACUGUACCUCACAACAGUUGCUGUUAGGUGGACUGUGUAUCACACUUGGUUAUUUGCUGUAAUCAGACAAACUGUACAUCACAACAGUUGCUGUCAGGUAGACUGUGUAUCACACUUUGUUAUUUUGUGUAGGCAUUCAAACUGUACCUCACAACAGUUGCUGUCAUAUAGACUACGUAUCAUACUUGGUUAUUUGUGUAGGCAUUCAAACUGUACCUCACAACAGUUGCUGUCAUAUAGACUACGUAUCAUACUUGGUUAUUUGUGUAGGCAUUCAAACUGUACCUCACAAAAGUUGCUGUCAGGUGGACUGUGUAUCACACUUGGUUAUCUGUGUAAUCAGACAAACUGUACAUUACAAAAGUUGCUGUCAUAUAGACUAUGUAUCAUACUUGGUUAUUUGUGUAGGCAUUCAAACUGUACAUCACAAAUGUUGCUGUCAGGUAGACUGUGUAUCACACUUGGUUAUCUGUGUAAUCAGACAAACUGUACAUUACAAAAGUUGCUGUCAUAUAGACUAUGUAUCAUACUUGGUUAUUUGUGUAGGCAUUCAAACUGUACCUCACAAAAGUUGCUGUCAGGUGGACUGUGUAUCAUACUUGGUUAUUUGUGUAGGCAUUCAAACUGUACCUCACAACAGUUGCUGUCAGGUGGACUGUGUAUCACACUUGGUUAUUUGUGUAGGCAUUCAAACUGUACCUCACAACAGUUGCUGUCAGGUGGACUGUGUAUCACAUUUGGUUAUCUGUGUAAUCAGACAAACUGUACAUUACAAAAGUUGCUGUCAUAUAGACUAUGUAUCAUACUUGGUUAUUUGUGUAGGCAUUCAAACUGUACCUCACAAAAGUUGCUGUCAGGUGGACUGUGUAUCACACUUGGUUAUCUGUGUAAUCAGACAAACUGUACAUUACAAAAGUUGCUGUCAUAUAGACUAUGUAUCAUACUAGGUUAUUUGUGUAGGCAUUCAAACUGUACCUCACCAAAGUUGCUGUCAGGUGGACUGUGUAUCAUACUUGGUUAUUUGUGUAGGCAUUCAAACUGUACCUCACAACAGUUGCUGUCAGGUGCACUGUGUAUCACACUUGGUUAUUUGUGUAGGCAUUCAAACUGUACAUCACAACAGUUACUGUCAUAUAGACUAUGUAUCAUACUUGGUUAUUUGUGUAAGCAUUCAAACUGUACCUCACAAAAGUUGCUGUCAGGUGGACUGUGUAUCAUACUUGGUUAUUUGUGUAGGCAUUCAAACUGUACCUCACAACAGUUGCUGUCAGGUAGACUGUGUAUCACACUUGGUUAUUUGUGUAGGCAUUCAAACUGUACCUCACAAAAGUUGCUGUCAGGUGGACUGUGUAUCACACUUGGUUAUUUGUGUAGGCAUUCAAACUGUACAUCACAAAAGUUGCUGUCAGGUGGACUGUGUAUCACACUUGGUUAUUUGCUGUAAUCAGACAGACUGUACCUCACAAAAGUUGCUGUCAGGUAGACUGUGUAUCACACUUGGUUAUUUGUGUAGGCAUUCAAACUGUACCUCACAACAGUUACUGUCAUAUAGACUAUGUGUCACACUUGGUUAUUUGCUGUAAUCAGACAAACUGUACAUCACAACAGUUGCUGUCAUAUAGACUAUGUAUCAUACUUGGUUAUUUGCUGUAAUCAGACAAACUGUACCUCACAAAAGUUGCUGUCAGGUAGACUGUGUAUCACACUUGGUUAUUUGUGUAGGCAUUCAAACUGUACCUCACAAAAGUUGCUGUCAGGUGGACUGUGUAUCACACUUGGUUAUCUGUGUAGGCAUUCAAACUGUACAUCACAAAAGUUGCUGUCAGGUGGACUGUGUAUCACACUUGGUUAUUUGCUGUAAUCAGACAAACUGUACAUCACAACAGUUGCUGUCAUAUAGACUAUGUAUCAUACUUGGUUAUCUGUGUAAUCAGACAAACUGUACCUCACAAAAGUUGCUGUCAGGUGGACUGUGUAUCACACUUGGUUAUCUGUGUAAUCAGACAAACUGUACCUCACAAAAGUUGCUGUCAGGUGGACUGUGUAUCACACUUGGUUAUUUGCUGUAAUCAGACAGACUGUACAUCGCAACAGACAAAACCUUUAUCUGACAAACAAUAUUUGGGGAUUCCGUAAACAAGUUAAUCUGUGGUGCUAACAAAACAGAAUGGGUAUUGUGAUUAUGUUGACUGAUUAUUUGUAGGUGAUCACCCCUCACUAAAUCCAUGACACUUUAAGAAUCCCAUUCAAAUACGAGAGCAUCUUUUAAAACGCUGCAAUCUGCCCACAGACAUCGCCUUGAUCCACGACGAGUCCGGAGUGAAAUAUCAGUGCUUGAAGUGUGACAAGAUCUACGUACAUAGGCGCAGUCUCCGCAAACACCAGCGGUAUCAGUGCGGGGACAAGCGUCCCUUUAGCUGUCAUCUCUGUCCGUACAGUGCCAAACAGAAGAUACACCUCAGGUCUCAUCUCGCCAGCCACCACAAGGAGUACUCUUGUCCUCCCUGAACUAUGUGUAUUCAGAUAUAUGGCGUAUUUUCUUUGUUGGUUGUCUUAGAAAUGUUGGCCUAAUAUUAUGAGUGUUUCAAUGUUCAAAAGUUCUUGUGAAUAUUAUUGUACAAAGUUGAUAUUCAACAAAUUUGUUUAUUUAACUUUGGGAAGCAACAAUAUCGGUAUAUUCAUCUCGAUUCAGGUUUGUGUUUUUGGUUUGUGCUUCCCAUGUUUAAGUAUACUGACUAGAAAUCUGCUACGUUUGUGACAAGUCUAUGGCCGACUGUAUUUUGUUUUUAUUUGUUUAUAUUGCUAGAAAAGUCUCCAGAAUUGUUGAAUUUGCCUUCUGGUUCAGUUGAUAAAUAUCAAAUACAUUUUGUGACACCAGUUAGUCAUUACAUUUUUGGAACCCUAAAAAGUGGGAUUGUGUUGUGGGAAAUUUGAUAUUCUGAAACAACGCAUCAUUGUAGACCACGUAUUGCCUGUAAGAUAUGUUGGAUAUGCUGACACAACGGACAUUUUAUAUUUUAUUAAAUAAGAUUGUUUUUCUUUAGUUCCAAUAUGGCUAAUGUUUUAAAGUGUUUUACUACAUUUUCUCUUAGUCAAGUAAAUAUAAGGUAUUAUUCAGUUAUUUUACAAAAUGAAACGUAUUUUAAUGUGAAUAAUAAAAUCUUUAUAACACCUA